AUGCGGCUUCAUCCCCAGAUGCGUGAUCACCCCAUGACUUCCUCCCCUCAAUGGGAGAGUUGGACUGUGCCUAUUGCCGUGCACGGUGACGGAGUUCCAGUCACUGGUGUGGGGAAAGUGUGGAGUCGAGUGAUGACCAAUUACUCAUGGUAUUCCCUUCUGGGAUAUGGUACCACUCCAUCAAUGCUCAUGUGGGUGUGGGGGUUCUUUGACAAGCUGAAGGUGGGCGACCAAGCAUCAGGCACACUGCUGGAGUUCUACUCCAUAUUGAGAUGGAGCUUUUUGGCGUUAUCGGAAGGCAGGUACAAAGAAGGCUCUGUGGAAGCCUUGAGAGCCGGGUCUUGGCUGGCUGGUGGCUGGAAGGGUGCCCUAUGGGCACUCACAGGAGACCUUGACUACUUCAACGCCAUGCUUGGCACCCCCCAACUAUUCCGCAGUGGGUGGCCCAUGUAUGCAUUGCAAAUGCACUGGGACUGGCGCUGCAACAUGGACAGAUUUUCGACCACAGGCUAUGUGGAGGAACACCCGCUGGGAGGCCGACGUUUGGAGAAAUUGGGACGAACGUUCGAAGUGCAUUUUGCUGACUCUUCCUGGGGCGAAUAUUUGUCGAAAUUGUCAAUGUUCAUCCGCACAGGAAAGUACCCCAAAUUGAGGGGGAAGGCCUCAGAGAUAAGGCACUUCGGCCCAGCUUUGUUGGCCCUGUGGUCUCGGCAUCAGAACCCUCACCUCGUGCUGCACCAGCGCAUCACCCUCAUGCUGAAACAAAAUGUACACCUGGGGGAAAUGAUUACUUUCCACAAGGACGACUUCGCCCUACCACCUGGACCAGCGCAAGAGUUUGAAGAAACCGCCAACAGCAUGCUCUUACUUCUUUCCCAGGUAGCUGAUCACUUCGUUGAGGAAGGCAUGAAAUGCUUCGAUAUCACAAGCAAAUGCCACAUGCUUCAAGAGCUUGCUAUUUUGAGUCGCUCCAUAAACCCCAAAGUCACAUGGUGCUUCAUGGGUGAGGAUCAAAUGCAGCGCAUGCAGCAGGUCGCUAAAGCGUGCGUUCGUGGCAACAAGCUUGAUAAACAAACCACAAAGCUGGCCCGCCACUACCGCUUAGGGUUGCACCUGCACUAUCUCGACUUGGCUGCGUAA